UUCAGAGAAUUUUCCACCUUUGGAUUUGAGCUUCAAUUCAAUGGGAAGAGGACACAGUGGGAAUUUUAAGGGGUUUAUAAGGUCUUGAAUAGUAGAAUAGAAGGGGGUAUUUGUAAUUUCUUGUGAGUGGAUUUUUGGCACUCUGUUGAAGAAGGAGAAGGUGAAUGCAAUGGAUGUUGAAAGUUUUGUUUUUUCGAAGGAAGAUCGGAAGUAAUGCUCGAUUUGCUUGGAAUGCAUGGUUAAUGGAGGGGAGAGAUCGAUCGCGAAGCUCCAAUGCGGGCAUGAAUUCCAUUUAGAUUGUAUUGGUUUUGCAUUUAAUGCAAAGGGAGCAAUGCAAUGCCCAAACUGUCGGAAAGUUGAAAAAGGCCAAUGCCUGUAUGCGAAUGGAUGCCGCUCUUUUACUGAACUUAAUGUUGAUGAGUUGGUGAAUGAAGACCUCUAUAUAUGAUCUGUGAGCUAUUCUGAGCUGCCACUUGGACUUCCAUGGUGUCCUGUCCGUGGAUUUAUGCAACUGGCAUCAUGGUUUGAGGAACGCGAGCCCCAGCUAAAUACCUAUCCUGAUCUUCUUGGAAGCACAGUAUUUGGGGACCAUCCAAAUGCUCCAAGUGGGACACAUGUGUGCCCGUAUCUUACUCUCCAUGGGUUUCCUCAUGCUAUACAUCCCAUGCCUUCAAAUUCUGCUGAUGCCAUCCCCGAUUCUGCCUUAUUUAUUCGGCAUGCAACUGGAUUAGGUGGAUCAUCAUCAAGCAAUGUAUUUAAUUCUCAUGGUUUUUCUGCAUCAGAACCGCAUCACCACAAUUGGCAGGAGGCUUCUGUUCCUUUUCCAGUGUCUGGUGGUUCAGUAAACAACACAGAGCAGCCUGCAUCGCAAUUGGGUGCAAGGUUAUCAAGGAAUGACUCAAGUGGUCCGUAGAGAACAGGCUCAUAUGUUCAACCCCUUCCUUUUAUUCAUGGGAACCCACAAGAGAGUGAUAGUAUCGGACGGCAUUUUGAUCGGUUUUAU